ACCUAACAACAGCGUUAAAGUACAGACAGGUUGAUUUUGUGUAUUAUGUCCUAGCGUUAGUUCGACACGGCAAUACGUGUACUUAAUGUCUCCCGCGUUACCUUUAGGCAUCAAGUAAUUUAAAGUUAUACACUAGGAACUAAUAAUCUAAUCAGCGUCACUGUCGGUUCUCUGGAGGCUGCCUUGCUCCAUCGCCGCACCUCUGCUUUAAGACUGAAUCUCAGAGGCUAAGUUUACCAUGCCUGCCGAAAACAGCGACCAGGAGAGCAUGCUGAGCUAUCAGAGGCCUGAUGAGGAGGUAGUGGUGGACCAUGGUGGCACAAGCUCAGUCCUUAAUAUCCAUUAUGAGAAAGAAGAGCUAGAGGGUCAUAGGACUCUGUUUGUGGGUGUGCGAAUGCCUAUGGGCAGAGAGUCUCACCGUCACCAUCGUCCACACAGCUCCAGACACCGCAGGAGAUCAGAGAGGAUAAGGUCUGGAAGUGUAGCUCAGGAAGAGGAGAACACAGAAAGUUCUAUAGCUUCACACGACACCCCAUCCCAGAGGGUUCAGUUUAUUCUAGGCACUGAGGAGGAUGAGGAGCACGUGGCACAUGAGCUCUUCACAGAACUCGAUGAAAUCUGUGUUAAAGACGGCAAGGAUACGGAGUGGAAGGAAACUGCUAGGUGGUUAAAGUUUGAGGAGGAUGUUGAAGAUGGAGGAGAGAGAUGGAGUAAGCCUUAUGUAGCUACACUCUCUCUUCAUAGUCUGUUUGAGUUACGGAGCUGUAUCAUUAACGGAACCGUCCUGUUAGACAUGAGGGCCAACUGCAUUGAGGAAAUUGCAGACCUGAUCCUUGACCAUCAGGAGGCAGCUCAUGAACUAGAUGACAGUGUGAGAAUGAAGGUUCGAGAAGCACUUCUCAAGAGACAUCACCACCAGAGUGACAAGAAGAGGAAUAACCUGCUGCCCAUGGUCAAAUCCCUCACUGACUCAGGCAGAAGACAGAGUGAACCUCAUUCUAUGGACAAGAGCGGUCCUGCCACGUCUCCUCAGCCUCCGCCUACAAACGCUGAUGUAAAGAAUGGAGCUGCACAGGAUACUGGGCAGAUGGAUCUCAGUAAGGUGGACACACAUUUCAUGAAAAAGAUACCAACAGGGGCAGAGGCUUCCAAUGUGCUUGUUGGAGAACUGGACUUUUUAGAGAGAUCCAUAGUUGCCUUUGUUCGCUUGUCUCCUGCUGUUCUCCUCACAGGACUUACUGAAGUUCCUAUACCGACUAGAUUCUUGUUCAUCUUGCUGGGUCCGGAUGGAAAAGCCCAGCAGUACCAUGAGAUUGGUCGCUCAAUGGCCACCAUAAUGACUGAUGAGAUUUUCCAUGAUGUCGCAUACAAGGCAAAGGACAGGAGUGAUUUAUUGGCCGGUAUAGAUGAGUUUCUGGAUCAAGUGACAGUUUUACCUCCAGGAGAAUGGGACCCUUCUAUACGCAUUGAACCGCCUAAGAGUGUUCCUUCACAGGAGAAAAGAAAAAUGCCAGGAGUUCCAAACGGAACAAGUGUUCAAGUCGAUGAUGAACCUCAUGGGGAACAUCAUGGACCAGAACUAAAGAGAACUGGGAGGUUGUUUGGAGGACUAAUUCUUGAUGUGAAGAGAAAGGUUCCGUUUUAUCUAAGUGAUUUUAGAGAUGGUCUAAAUUUGCAGUGUGUGGCAUCAUUCCUGUUCCUCUACUGUGCCUGCAUGUCACCCGUUAUUACUUUUGGAGGACUUCUGGGAGAGGCUACAGAAGGACGUAUUAGUGCGAUUGAGUCUCUGCUAGGAGCCUCCAUGACUGGAGUAGCAUACUCUCUGUUUGCUGGACAACCUCUAACUAUAUUGGGCAGUACUGGACCUGUUCUUGUGUUCGAAAAGAUCCUCUUCAAAUUUUGCAAAGACUAUGAUCUCUCUUACCUGUCCCUACGCACUUGCAUUGGUCUCUGGACGGCGUUCCUUUGUCUGAUUCUCGUUGCGACAGAUGCAAGCUCUUUGGUCUGUUACAUCACACGUUUCACAGAGGAGGCUUUCGCUGCACUCAUUUGUCUCAUCUUUAUUUACGAAUCUCUGGAAAAACUUUUCCAUCUUGGAGAACUGUACCCCAUUAACAGACACGGAGAUCUGGACAAACUCACACUGGCCUUCUGUAGGUGUGCAGAACCUGAUACUCCCAGUAAUAAAACAUUGGAACAGUGGAGUCAGAGGAACAUAACAUCUGCUUUGGUUCCAUGGAGCAACCUCACUGUAUCGGAGUGCUUAGAUCUUCACGGUCAUUUUAUUGGAACAGCGUGUGGACACCAUGGUCCCUACACCCCUGAUGUUCUCUUCUGGUCGGCCAUCUUGUUUUUUGGUACCUUCUUCCUAUCCAGCUUUCUUAAACAGUUCAAGACUAGCAAAUACUUUCCAACACGGGUACGGUCGAUGAUCAGCGAUUUUGCCGUGUUCCUCACUAUUGUACUUAUGGUCCUGAUUGAUUACAUCAUUGGAGUUCCAUCGCAAAAAUUACGAGUGCCAAGUAAAUUUAAGCCAACACGUGAUGACCGUGGCUGGCUGAUAAAUCCUAUUGGGCGAAACCCAUGGUGGACGGCUCUGGUAGCUUCAUUACCAGCUCUUCUCUGCACCAUCCUCAUUUUCAUGGACCAACAGAUCACUGCAGUCAUAAUAAACCGCAAAGAACACAAACUACAGAAAGGCUGUGGGUACCAUUUGGACCUUCUGAUGGUUGGAGUGAUGUUGGCUGUUUGUUCCAUUAUGGGGUUGCCCUGGUUUGUUGCGGCGACUGUAUUGUCAAUAUCCCAUGUCAACAGCCUGAAGCUGGAGUCGGAAAGCUCCGCCCCUGGAGAGCAGCCUAGAUUUCUGGGUAUUAGAGAGCAGAGACUGACUGGUUUGGUCAUUUUUCUUCUGAUGGGUUGUUCUGUCUUUAUGACUGGAGUAUUACAGUUCAUUCCAAUGUCUGUGCUCUAUGGUGUUUUCCUGUACAUGGGAGCAUCAUCUCUGAAAGGAAUACAGUUCUUUGACCGUCUGAUGUUGUUUGGCAUGCCGGCGAAACACCAGCCAGACUUUAUUUAUCUACGGCAUGUUCCUCUGAGAAAGGUUCACCUGUUCACUCUGACCCAACUUACCUGCCUUGUGCUGCUCUGGGUCAUUAAAACCUCCCCUGCUGCGAUCGUCUUCCCUAUGAUGGUUUUAGCACUAGUGUUUAUCCGUAAGCUGCUGGAUAUCUGUUUCUCCAAGCGAGAGCUGAGUUACCUUGAUGAUCUGAUGCCUGAGAGUAAGAAGAAGAAAUUGGAUGAUGAUUCCAAAAAAGCAGUGGAGCAGGAGUCACAAGAGAUGUUGGUUGGUGACAGUGAUAAAGAAGAUAAAAAUACAGUGCAAAUCCCAAUGGAGAACAAACCUCUACACUCACCAAGAACCCCAGACCCCAGGACUGAUCCCUCUGAUAUAAACAUAUCUGAUGAAAUGUCUAAAACUACAGUAUGGAAAUCCCUCAAUUCAAAUCACAAGGAUACAGCACGCUCAAGUACACAUAGAAAGGCAAGCACACUCUCUCUGUCGUAAAUUUCAUGUGUUGCUUGUUGACCCAUCUCCCUGUAUUUCCUUUCUUACCCCUCUGUAUAACCUCUAUCCAUAUCAUACAUUAUGAUGACAAGGGUACUACAGUGCUAUAAAGUUUAUUUGUUUGGAGGUGUAAUGGUUGAUGUUUUGUUGUUCUGUCCUCACAGGAGAUACUGUGAUGUAUGUCCACAAACUGAAGAAGUUACGUACUUGGCAUCGGUUGUUUGAAAUUCUGUCAGUCAGUUAUGCUAAAAAUAUACAUAUAUUAUUAACUCUUCCCCGCUAUUUUACACACACACACACACACACACACACACACACACACACACACCCACAUACGCUAACACACACACACACACACACACACACACACAAAGGUAGUUCUGUACAGUAAAAGAUCCCAGUCUGAUUUAUGAGUCAGCGAGUGUGGUGUGAUGUACAGGUGUGUUAAUGUGUGUGAACGUUUGUGCAUAGAGGAGAACACACUCUCCAAUCAAAUCCAGGUUAUUUUUAAUGUUUCAUUCAGUUUUUUCAAAUGUUGAUGUCUCUGUGCUUUGCUGUAAAGUGUUUCGAGUCUAUUUUUUGGUCAUCGUCUCGUUCUCAUUCGUAGUAAAACUGAUUAAAUGUUUUCACAUUUAGCUGUAAACUUGCUGUAAAAUGUUACUGUAUAAGUAUGCUUUGUUCACCAUCAAAACAACAAACAAAGUAUGUGUGUUCAGGCCAAUCGGCAGAUCAGAAUAGUUACCUCGGUUUGGUAUAAAUAGCAGUCAGUUAUAUUAGACCAACACGCCCAUGAACCAAAUCAGUUCUAAUCUAGUAAAUAUACUAUUUUUAUUGAGUGUGUUGUAUUGAAACUUGUUAAUAAUGAGCAAUAAAUGGCUUUUAUGUAGUAAGGUCACCAGGUACAUUGAUGAAUAAGUAUAAACUUGAGGUUUCUUUGUCAUGGGUGUUUUUUAUCAGUAAAAAAACGAAUAUAGACCAGGAAACGCAAGUCUUGGGGACACCAAGGACAAAGAGCUCUGAUGUUAAACUGGAUUGUUCAGGCUUUUAUUUUAAGGUCCUUUCCGGCCAGUGGCCCCAGUAUUAAGCCAUCUCCUUAAGACUACCUCCCCUCACCUCCACUCAUGGUUUCUGCACUGAAAGAGGUGAAAAUGUGGUUUGACCUUUUAACCUCAGUACAGUUAAACUUUAUUUACAGUUCCACUUUGUGUAGAUAUUUACUGAUAUGAUUUUAUAUUUUGAAAUAAUUAUAUUAUUAUAAUACUAUAUUAUUGUAUAUUUAGAAUUAUUAUAUAUAUUAUAAUAUGUAAUGCAACUAUUUUAAGAACUUUCUUUUUUAUGUAUAUAAAUUUGAAUAAAAUAGCUGAACAGAUGUUCACAAGAUGCACAACACACUAUGUUCAUAUAUGAAUGGGUUAUGUUUUUUAUAAGACUCAUUUUCUGUAAAUGUGGUCAUUUUAGUCACAUUUAAUAAAAACUGCCUUCAGGUAAGAAGAGAAGGUCAAUAUGUAAUUUGCUUUUGAAUGUUGAGAAAUGCUGAAUGUUCCCACCACUAAGCUACUCAAUAAUCUUUAUUGUUCCAUUCAUAGUCUUCUUGAAUACAGAAAUGUUAUCCCUAUGUUGGUUGUAAAUGUUAUGGUAAUGCUAGGAUGUACUCAAAGAGAAUGUCAUACCAAUACAUUUUUGCUUUUCUGAAUGAUAUUAACUUGUUGCCUAUGUCUAUGAGUUUGCUGAGGAACCUGUGCACACUUGUUAGACCCAAGUUUAUAUUACAUUGAUUUUAUAUUCCUUUUUUCCCUUUAAAAUCAAAUUACAGAUUUUGUUUUCAAAUCUGCUUUACAAAUUAUUGCUGGUUUUUAUUCUCAGAAGGAGCAACGAAAAAAAGACUUCUGGAGCGAGAUUGUCUCUAAAGUUUAUAAUAAAUUACUGUAUAUGUCAAUAGCUUUUACACACUUUUGUCUUGCCCAGUUUAGUGUUUUUUUCAGUGUUUUUGAGGAUAAUAAAAUAAUAGACUCAGAAAGCUUUAAAGAAUCUAAAAGCUAUUGCAAUCAAAAAUAUAAGAUGAGCUAUUGUUUAAAGCAUGUUGAAGAAAAACUAUAUUAACAGUGUAGGGAUAUUGUACAAAUAAUCAAUAACAUUCAUUUCUAAUGUUAGUGUUAGAUUCAUUAAAAUGUAUCAAAAAGUAUUUCUUUAUAUAUUUUGUUUUGUUUCAUUUGGAUUGGCUAUCUGAAAUUCAAACCCUGCCCAUACAGACGGGGCAGAACAGAAUAAUAAACAGAACACGCUUCAGCGUGUUUCAUUGGCUUUACUUUUUCACAAAGAGGGAUUGCUUGGAAGCUCAAAGGUCGUGAAAUGGCAAACGCAGACCAGUCUGAUGUAAGCAAUUCUUAACAUUCUUCACAUAACAGCGACACCGCAAUUAAAACAGACUAGUAGGCCUACAUAAAAUGUUAAAAUGCUCAUUAAGUGAACGCUUUUUUUUGUUUAUUAGAAGUGUUAUUUUGGUUGCUCUGAAUGUCUGUUUUCAUUUUAUGAUAUUGUGUGAUUAUUUGGUACUGUAUGGUUAAGUAGCCUAUAGUUAAAAUACUAGUAAUAGAAAUAUGAAAAUUACCUUAUAAGGUUAGUUUUUUACAAAAUUUGACAAGUAAAAUGUAUGUGAGGCUGCCAGUUUAACGGUCUCCAAACUUAUAAGUGGGAUGGGCAGAUGAAAUAUCAUAUGAGUCAAUAAUUAUUUUUCUAAAGGUAAACUAGGUGUUAAUUUUUUUAAUGCCAACCCUACUCAUAUGAAUCGAUCAUUCCUUCUGUUGUUUUCAGAAAAACAAACUACUGUGCACAGAACUGAUAAAAUAGUGGAUACAGAUUUUGUUGUAAGAUUGAUAUUAUUGUUGUUUUUAUAAACAUCACACAGACUACAUCAAAAUAAAUGUGGUUACAAGCUGUUCUAAAUGAA